AUGGCUUUUCUGUUCAAGACCGUUGCCUGUCUGGCGCUGCUGUCAGUCGCGACCUGCGAGUACGGUGGCGAAGAGGAUCACCACGGUCAUCACGGCCCGGUGGGUUACUCGUACGCCAAGUUCAGCGGUCCUGUAAGUGGACCAGCGCAUGAAGUUCACGUCGAGGACAAGCACGGCCACGGGCACCAGAUCGACUACGUCGCGAAGCCGGACUACGUGUUCGAGUACGGCGUGGAGGAUCCGAAGAGCAAGGUCUCGCAAAGCCGCAAGGAGCACCGGCACGAGGACGAGCUGCAUGGCGAGUACAGCCUGCACCAGCCGGACGGAAAACUGCGCACGGUUAAGUACAGCGCGAACAAGCACAGCGGUUUCCACGCUGAAGUGUUGAUCGAUGGCAAACCGCUGCACGAGGAGGAACUGGCCAAGCUGGCACAUGAAGCCGCCAGCCAGAGCGCUCACGGUGCGCAGCUGCACCAGCACCAGCACCAGUUCCACCAUCAGCAUCAGGACGAGCCCAAGGCGUACGGUGGCGCCGAGCAGCAGACCUAUGGCGGGGAAUCGUCCUACGGUGCUGAGGGUGGUGAUGAAGGAUCGCAGGACGAGUACUACCACUAG